CACUAUCCUAAUCACCUAUUCAAUACAUUCACGAUGGCCCUGCGAAAGCUACAGGCCGAUAUCGAUCGCGUGCUCAAACUGGUUCAACAAGGUGUCACUGCCUUCGAAGAGACCUUUGACAAGAUGACGCAUGCUACCAACCAGACUUCUAAAGACAAAGCAGAAGCCGACCUCAAAACUUCUAUCAAGAAGCUUCAGCGACAGAGAGACCAGAUAAAGACCUGGCUUCAGAGUAACGACAUCAAAGACAAGUCGUGCCUUAUGGAUCAUCGUAAACUGAUAGAGACUCAAAUGGAACGUUUCAAAGCUUGCGAAAAAGAGAUGAAGACAAAAGCUUUCAGCAAGGAAGGUCUUAGCGCCCAGCAGAAACUGGAUCCGAAAGAGGUGGCCAAGAUGGAAAUGAGCCAUUGGGUCUCAACAAUGGUAGAUGAGCUAGGCCAACAGAUUGAGCGGACAGAAGCCGAGGUCGAACUGCUACGAAGUCAGACGAAGAAGAAGAAGGCAACUGGGACUGACGGUCGGGGGCCUGAAUUGGAAGCUCUCAAUGAUCGUCGGCGAUGGCACAUUGGCAAGCUGGAAUUGAUUAUGCGACUUUUGGAAAACGGUCAGAUCUCACCCGAACGAGUAGGCGAAGUCAAGGAUGACAUUCAAUACUAUGUUGAAUCCAACACUGAAGAAGACUUCACUGAGGAUGAUGAUCUUUAUGAGUCUCUUAACCUACAAGAAGAAGAAGAGCAAUUCGGCAUGCAUGAUGAUCUCCUGUCUUCACACGACACGAGUUCAAUAAUUGAGGACGGCAAUUCGACAACGGUCAAGCUUGACCUUACAGGGGCCAAUCGCAGGCCAAGCGGCAAAGGGCACGCUGACGACUCCGGGGAAAAGAGUCCCAGCAAAGAGAAAAUGCCUCUCGCCACCGGUCAGCUACUUCGUGGACCAACUGUCAGAAAGGCUACCCUUGAAUCUGCAGCCGCACCCCGAGCUACACCAGCUGCUCUCCCGUCUUUGCGCUACGCGAGUGCGGCAGCGGCAGCAGCAGCGUCUCCCGCUGCGAACGGCGGACCCUCAAAUGGCCCAUCGAUCGCCUCACCUGAAGCACAGAAGUCGCUGCCGCUUACGUCCUCUCAAGAGGCAAGUGCACAAUCCACCCCAUCGGAUUCUGACCACUCUCCGGAUAUUCAAGAUUCCAACUCGAACUCACAGAUAUCCAAUGCUGGGAUCAGCAGCACCUCAAUAGUUUUGAACCCAUCUGGACAUUCAACUCAGUCUGCGCAGUCAACUCAAUCGGUCGGGGGCGCCGCUUCCAAUCAAGAAGUUGAACGUUCCCCUAGUCCAUCCAGCUCCUCUGCCACAAACCGGGGCGAAAACUCAGAUCAACAGCAACAUCGCCACAUGUCCUCCGAUCACAAACAUGUUUCGUCUUUAGCAGAUCUGGUAGAGACCUUUGAAAGCUUGAAAGCUCACGAGCCCAGCAUGAUGGAAAUGCAUUCGAUCUUAGACUCUGGCCUCUCGAGCAUUCCUCAAAUUGAGGAUGCUGAGAAACCAAGUUAUUAUGCUCCCCGUAACCCAUAUCCGACAAGCUCACAUUAUCCUCAGCAACCGAUGGCUUUUGAAAAACGACCUGCGAUCUGGGGUGAAAUCGAAGUUGAAGUAUUGUUCUACCUCUUCUACUAUCAUCAAGGAGGGUAUCUACAGUACUUGGCAGCUAAGGAGCUUAAAAAGCGUGCGUGGAGAUUUCACAAGUACUAUCUCACUUGGUUUCAGCGGGCCAAGAACCCAGAGGAGAUGGCAGAUGAUUAUGAGAAAGGGUCUUACACGUAUUUUGACUGGGAGGCUGACUGGCUGAUGAGGACGAAAACGCCGUUUCAGUUUGAUUACAAGCAUCUGGAAGACUCACUCUGAGAUCAUCGAUAGGGUGAGAAAGAGUGAACCUGUUUUUUUUUUGCUUUACUGAUUCUUUCAUUGAUGUAUUAGUCAUACUUCUUUUGAUUUCAAAUUGGAAGUUUAUGUUCUUUUGUUCUUGAUUGAACUCUUAUAGGGUUCAGAGAGUGUUUUUUAGGGAGGAAUGAUGAAAUGCAAUUUACUCCCAUCUCUUACC